CAAUUUAAUCAUACCCACCUCCUUUUCAUCUCUCUCUUUGUCUGUCUCUGUCUUUCUCUCUUUCUUAAUCUUUUAUGCAGGUCCUCGCCUCCCCUUCAAGCAAAGCAGCUUUCACUUUUCCUUUUUCUUUCUUUCUUUCUUUUGAUUUUGUCUUUCUCUUCUCUUGUUUCUGGUUUUCAUCCUUCACGGUUUCUGGGUUUUUGUGUGUUCCUUUAGAUCUGCUUCAAAUGGGUUGCUCCCGAGGUAGCUACAUUGACUGGAAAGACACUCUAAAUGGCCCAACUGGUACAAAAUUCAAGGUGAUUCCUUUCUCUGUAGAGGAUGAAUUUGAUGAUGACGAACCCGAAAAGAGGAAAAUCUUUAAAAGGAACAUGAUUUGGGAGCUUGGUUUGGGCUGUUUUCUUCCAUUAAGAAGGCAGGGUAGUCACCCAAAGGAUAAAAAACAAAGGGGGGAUAAUGGCGAUAGUACAGAUCAUGACGAAGCUUGGCUUCUCGCCGAGUCUGGUAGUCUUGACCCAGACUUCAUGAACGCCGACCCACAAUCUGUGCACUCUUCUUUCAGGUUCAGCUUUGGUUCGCAGAUGGACCUUGAAGCGCUGAGCAAGUCUCCCUCUAUUUCCGCUGCUACAGUUCUUAUGGUGAAUUUGAGCACUGAUUUGUCAGAGUCUCAAUCUCACGACAUGAAAUGGCGAAGAAUUCAGUCUCUGGAGAGGAGUAUCUCUCCGGUAGCGGACACAUUAGUCAGAUUCAGUUAUGGCGAAAUCCGGGCAGCCACGCAGAAUUUCUCCAAAGACAGAGUUUUGGGGAGAGGAGCACUGAGCUGUGUUUUCAAAGGGAGAAUUGGGUUUCUUAGGAAAGCUGUUGCAAUCAAACGAUUAAACAAGGAAGAUAGGGAAUCUAUGAAGGCGUUCUGCAGGGAACUAAUGAUUGCCAGUUCUCUUCAUAAUCGAAAUAUCGUUCUACUUAAGGGUUUCUGUAUCGAUCCAAAGGAGGGUCUGUUCUUGGUGUACAAAUAUGUGUCUGGAGGAAGCUUACAGUACUACUUGCAUGUGAAGAAAGGAGUAAAGGGUGGUUCUUCUCUUCCAUGGUCUGUGAGAUUUAAGGUAGCAGUUGAAAUUGCAGAAGCGGUUGCUUACUUACACAACGGGACUGAAAAAUGUGUUGUACACAGAGACAUUAAACCCUCUAAUAUCCUUCUCUCUUCCAAAAAGACACCCAAGCUAUGUGAUUUCGGAUUAGCUACAUGGACCCCUGCACCUUCAGUACCUUUCCUCUGCAAAACUGUCAAAGGAACAUUCGGUUAUUUGGCUCCUGAAUAUUUCCAACAUGGUAAAGUCUCCGAUAAAACAGAUGUUUAUGCCUUUGGGGUGGUUCUCUUGGAGCUAAUUACAGGCCGGAAGCCAAUCGAAGACAAAAGACCGCUGGGAGAUGAGAACUUGGUCUUGUGGGCAAAGCCCCUAUUACAACGAGGAUCAAUCAAGGAGUUGCUUGAUCCAAUGCUCAAACUUAGCCCACGUGAUUCAAAUCAAUUGAUGAAGAUGAUUCACGCAGCGGCUGCCUGCAUUGAAAGUGAAGAAUUCAGGAGGCCUAGCAUCAACCAGAUUGUUGCAAUUCUGCAAGGAGAUGAACACUAUAGCUCAAGUAGGAAUAUAUCUGCCUUUCCAGGGAAUGAUUGUGUUGUUGACUGUUAUUCUCAUCUACAGCAUAAAAAGAGUACUGAAAUGAGGAGUCAUUUCGCUCUCGCCAUGUUAGGGGUUUCAGACCUUGAGGAAGAUAACCACCUAUAUUGUCGAUGAGACAGGGCACUUGUAAUAUUUUUUUUCAUCAAUAUUUUUCCU